AUGUCUGAUGACUCAAGGACUGUCCCUCAGGAGCAGCUCCCCUCCGACAACCUCCACCCGCCGCCAAUGCCGGUGAUCAACGUGGGUCACCUCAACCUUGACCCAGCGACACGAGCUCGUGUGGUUGAAGAUAUUACCAAAGCAUGCCGUGAUCUAGGAUACUUCCAGAUUAUAAACCAUGGGAUCAGUCAAUCUGUCAUGGAUGGAGCUGUUGAAGCAGCUUCAGAUUUCUUCAAACUGCCAAGUGAGACAAAGGAAGAGUUUGCAUCAGACGACCUCCGACGGCCUGUUAGAUAUGACACCAGCUCAAAGGACGGCAUUAGUAUGUCACGGGCAUACCUAAAGCAUUAUGCCCAUCCCCUGAGUGAAUGGAUGCAAUAUUGGCCGGAAAACCCCCCAAUCUACAGGCAAAAUACUUUCUAUAAAUCUUCUUGCAAUCCUGAACUACAGGAGUAUAUGGGAAAUUUUGCUACUGAAGUAAGGAGGGUGGCCUUGCAACUAAUGGAAGCCAUACUAGAAGGCCUAGGAUUGGGUAAGGGUUACCAGCAUGAGAAAUUUGAGCAAGGACUGCAGCUAAUGUCAGUGAAUUGCUACCCGAAAGAAUCAGAAGGUGAUACAGCGAUAGGGCUGGCGCCGCAUUCCGAUUAUGGAUUCCUCACCAUCUUGUUCACAAGUUGUCGAGGCCUGGAGGUCGUCGACCGCAACAGCAACAGCUGGAAAGUGGUCCAGCCACUGCCACAUGCAUUGCAUGUCCACGUAGGAGACCACAUGGAAGUCCUGAGCAAUGGCAAAAUCAAGACUGUUGUGCACCGAGCUGUUCUGAAUCCUGAAGAGGCAAGGAUCUCCAUGGCCAGCAUUAAUGGUUUUGCAAUGCAUGAGAAGGUCUCCAGUGCCAGAGAGCUCGUGAACGAGCAGAAUCCUGAAAAGUACAACGCGAGCAGUUUUAAUGACUUCCUCGACUAUCUCACAAGCAAUCUGGACAACAAGCACCGGAACUUUCUUGAGAGCCUUAGGAUGCAAGGGGCGUAGCAGGGUAUAAUCUCCACUCGAAGCACAAAACGAUACCUACGGCAGUUUGUCUCUACGCCUACAACCGUUCAUCUCUCUAUAUUACUUUUGAUAUGAAAGUACUGAAGUUGGUGUGUGUUGUCAUGCUGUUUUGGACAAAUUAUCUGUAAUGUUACUUUCGAUCUGAAAGUGCUGAAGUUGUUGUGUGUUGCCAUGCUGGUUUGGACAAAUUAUUAAUGAUAUUACUUUUGAUAUGAAGGUGCUGAAGUUGUUGUGUGCUGCCAUGCUGUUUUCCCCUUUCACCCCCAGUAUGUUAUUACGAGUUUGUAUUAUUAGGUAAGGAGAAAUCCAAGAUGUAAACUUUAUCUAGUAAGGUACUGUAUGCUGUUAGUUGGCCAUUUGACUUCAAGUUUCCACGGUGCGCAUGAAUGAACUACA